UGAACCUUUUUUUCAUCUAUCUCAAACAACUCUCUGAACAAAAUGUCGUACUUCCAAGAAGGCGACCCAUUUGAACCUCGCAGGCCAAGCGGUACCUCUAAUGGCGAGGCAGAGGGUGCUGCCAUUGAGGCAGAGAUGGCGCAGGGACGUCGAAGCAAAAAGUUCAUUCUUUGCUUCGACGGCACGGGAAACAAGUUCUCAGGGACUGAAGCAGACUCUAACAUUCUCAAGAUCUAUUGUAUGCUCGACAGAACUGGCGAGGACCAAUUCCAUUAUUAUCAGCCUGGAAUUGGGACAUAUGUCACUGGUGGACCUCUCAGCCAUACCUCAACAUUGGCACGCAUGCAGAACUGGUACCAGAGACAGAAAGACUCCGCCGUAGGGACAUCAUUUGCGGAACACGUCAUGGGCGGUUACAAGUUCCUCAUGCGUUACUACUCGCCCGGAGAUGAAAUAUACCUGUUUGGCUUUUCCAGGGGCGCAUACACUGCCCGCUUCCUGGCCGAGAUGCUCGACCAUGUUGGUCUGCUGUCAGCUGGUAACGAAGAGAUGGCUCGUUUCGCCUGGAAGGCAUUCCAGAAGUGGCAGAUUCGCACAGAACGCAAUGAUAAAGAGAAAAAAGACAAGAAACGCCUGUUGGACUUCAUGUUCGCCUUCCGGGAAACCUUCAGCCGACCUGUUCGCCGUAUCCGAUUCCUAGGACUCUUUGACACAGUUAAUAGCGUUCCUCAUUUCGAAAAUGCAUGGAUGCAGCGCAGUAAGUUUCCGUAUACUGCGCGUUCAACCGCCAAGGUUAUCAGGCAUGCCGUCGCCAUCGACGAGCGACGCGCCAAAUUUCGGCAGGAUCUCAUCUCCCAGAGCAGGGGGCACCACGGGACAAAUCACUUCCGGAACCACCACAAGCAGCGGUCGCGGAAAAAGUCUGUGAACAAAGCCGGCAACGGUUACCACGAAGACACCGAUCGUGGUAGGGCAGGCAGUGACCAGGCGAAAUCUCAGCGCCCCAAUAAUUUCGAUCGCGGCUUGAGGGCUCCUCCUGCUUUCCGUGACAGCUCGGAGACUUCUGGUCUCCGCUCUCUGAGCCCUGGCCGCUCGCCUGGAAGGCGUGAAAGCCGUCAGUCCAGAGCCACGGGAACCUCUCGUUGUUCGCAUUCCGAGUGCCGCCGUGCUCCCACAGACGACUCGGACGAUGAGGAGCAAGACAUCAAGGAAGUCUGGUUCGCCGGAUGUCAUGCAGACAUUGGCGGAGGCUGGCCCCUUGAGUCUGGUGAAGAGUCGCCCCUAAGCCACGUCCCGCUUGUGUGGAUGGUACGGGAAGCGCAGAGCGCCGGCCUCCAGUUCGACCCCAUCAAGCUGCGUGACUUGAACUGCUGCCCAGACGACUACGAGAGCGAGGAAGACGGCGAUGUGGACCAAGGCAAAAACUCCACUGACGGCCUCCGCCGCGCCACAGCGCCCGAGAUCCAUAUCAGCAGCGCAUCGCCAGGGCCCGCAGCACUGAACAACCCGGCGCCAACGCCGCUCCCCUCGCCCGCGGUCGACAUGCGCGAGCCAUCAGCAGACACACGUGCUGAAGCAAGCGUCGUCGCUCCCGAGCCGCCGAGCUCGUCAAACACGUACCACCACCACAUCCACCACGCGGCCACGCGCGGCAGGAUCCAUGACGUGCUGCAGCUGAAGAAUGGCGCGCCCGCGCUGAGCGUCCUCUCCUGGAACAUCAUGGAAUGGAUGCCGUUCCGCCGGCUUGACCUCAAAAAAGACGGCCAAUGGCACGUCAUCUCGUGGCCGCUGCCUAAAGGCGAGGUACGCGAUGUGCCGGCUGACGCUGUCGUGCAUUCUAGCGUCCUUGCGCGCAUGCGCCACGAUGAGAAAUACCGCCCCGGAAACAUCAUCGUUGGCGGUGGUGGGCGUGGCGUGCGCAUCGCGCCGAGAGAGGAUGGUAUGGGGAAGUGGCGCUGCUGUAGAGAGGAGGGCGAUGCCAUUGGUGAGUGCUUUAUGAGGGCAGACCACCCAAAUAACCAAAAUGGUCUAGAGGGUGGGAGGUAGCUUUGCAGGACUUGUUGUAUGGUACAGGUUUUACUCUGAGAGGACGUUGAGGCGUCUCUAAUAUGAAUAGGCCAAUAGUCUGUAGGACCGCUGUAUGAUGGUUGGGUACGACUUGCUUCUCGUGUGUAAGCACAAUUUAUCUUGUCCAGAUAACAAAAGAUGCC